UUCCCGGAAAAGGGCAUAGGACUUCACCGCAUUCCUUUUUAUGGAUCAGAAGAUCCUAUAGAAAAGAAAAGGAGGAAAAAGAGGCUAGAUUUUGUCGCUUUAAAACGAGCGAAAUGCCCAAUAUCAAAGAUGUCGAGCAUUUGUUCGCUGUACUUCAUACCUGAAGAUUUUACCAGACGGUAUACUAGUUUGCAAGGGCAAACAAGUAGACUGGUGUCUGUCGAAGUUGGUGUGUUUGUUUUUCCUUCUGUUCAUCUUUCUGAAAGACAGAUGAAAGAAAGUGCGCCUUCUGAAGGGAAUCGUAGACAGGUUGUUAGAGAUAUUUCUUCUAGGACAGAAGCAGGUCCUUGCUCUUCUAGUCAAACACUUUUGGAGCUGCAAGUGCUACCUCUUUAGAAGACAGUGAUACUGAUGUUGAAUUUGUUGAUGAUGUCUUGCAAGUUCAAACAAUUGCAGUACAAGCAGAAGUACAGACAAUAUGUUCAAUACAAAGAAAACAUGAGGCAAUUGAAGAGAAGGAUAGAAAGCAAGAAUGCUAUUAUCCAACAACUUACUAAAGAAAAAAAGAAAUUACGUAAACUGGUUGGAACAGUAGUAAAAUGUGUCAAGGUGGAUAAUCAGAAUGAGGAAGAAAAGCAGGAUGGUAGUGAUGAUGAUAACAUGGAUAUGGAUAUUGACAUUGGCAGUGAGAUGGAAAAUGAAGGUUCUGACAACUAUGACAUUGAAACUGAUUCUUCCCAAAGUAAAGAGCUAGAAUCGGAAGAUGAAACAAACCAGUCAAAAAAGGUGAACAAAGAAGAAAGCAACCUCAGGAAGCAACCAAAGUUUAUUGUCACCCUGCCACAGCUGUUGCUCCUGUUUAAAAGAAACGAGGCGGGAAGUAGUCCAGCCAUGGAAUACAUCAGUUUUCAAAGAUGUAUGGAUUACAUGCUGAAUUGUAAAUAUUUCUACCAUGGUGACAGACUGCCACAAUUCAAUACAGAAGCACAUGCGUGAGAAUCUGAAUAAAAUAACACAUUAUUUUGACCUAUGGCACAUUAAGAAAAGUUAGUACAGUUAUUGUAUAAAAGAUGUAGGUUGUGUUCUGUUUCGUCAUUGUGGCUAAGUUCAGCAGCUAACCGAAAACCAUCCUUUAAGGUCUUU